CGCGAACGAGUUGAUCUUGGUGUGUCAAAACAUGGAGGCGUAGCAGUGCCGACCAAAACAAGCAUUUUUUUCGCAAAGAUUAUACGCUUUUCCGCCUGACAACACAACGAGUCGACCGCGAUGGCCACGAGCAGGAGGCCCCUUCUGCUCCUGUCCAUUUUCGCAGCGAUUCUCUGCUCCGUUUUGGGAAACGAGUCUGCAAUUACAAACCAAGAAAUCUCGAGGAAAUUGCUGAAACAUCUCACCGACGAAAAGGGCUCGAAAUACGAGUUCAGCGCUGAUGCUGAAAUUAUCGAAACACAAUUAGUGGGAGAUGCAACUUAUUUCUUGGCCGAACUAAGUCCUCGUUGUCGAGAUGCGGACGACCCACUAUGCAUUGAGACAGGGAUGGUCUGCCAGGGCUCAGUCCAAGGAGACCAACUGUCUGAAGUCAAGUGCUUCCUUCGCGAGUCUGACCCUCCAAUGCCUCAGUACAAGGAGGGCUACCUCGUCAAGAACUCGAACAACUUUAUCACCAAGAUUGUUGAGGAGAGUCUGCAGAAGCUGCAGCGGGACACUGGACGCAAAAGGAAACUUGUCAAUAUACUUUCAGUCAAGAAAAGGGAAACUCUUGCCGGAACCGAAGUUUUCAUCACCUCCAAGGUGACUGCUGGUACGGAGGGCAAUGGCGACGUGAUGGAGCUGGAAAAUUGCGAACUGGCUGCCACCCUUGGCACUCCAGGAUCUAUGCAAAUUAUGGAAAUGGAAACUAAGUGCUUUGCUCUCUCUGACGACUUUUCUUCGCACGGAGGGAAUGGCAUGAUUACUGCCGAUGAGCUCAAAGCCCAGAUCAACUGGGCUGUGGAUAAGAUCAACUUUGGAACUGACUCUGUUUUCAAUUUCACCAUUGCUGAGAUUGUCAAGGCUGAAGAAAGUAUUACACCUGGUUCGGGAGGAAUGACUACUUCCAUUCAACUGAAACUUGCCUCAACUCUGUGCCCCAAAAAUUCCCAGGGUGUUCAGUGGAAGUGUGAAGCUAAAGGACAGCCCAUUUUCUGCUCCCUCUCUACUUUCCAGAGGCCCUGGAAGGAUGACAUUUUGCUCUCUCGUCCUCACUGCAAGCUGAUGCCAACUGUUCCCAUUGUCGGAAAAUCUGAAAUUAUUGGUGAUGUUGUGAAACGCCCUGGAUACUGCACUGGCUGCUUGCAAGAGGUCAACAAGGAGGACGAGAAAGUCACAGAUUUAGCAAAAUCUGCUGUUACUGAAUUGAACGCCGGACAACUAAGCGCAAAUCCUCACAAGCUUGUCAAAGUUGUGUCAGCCCACCGUCAGGUGAUCAAUGGUGUUCGUUACGUUUUGAACCUGGAACUGACCCCCUGCAUACAAGAUUCCAAGCCUUGCACAGUCACUAGCGAUGCUGAAAGCAGCCUAAAGUGCCGAAUUGAAAUUAUUGAAGGUGCCGUAGACCGGAAAAGGAGACUUUCCAGCUCUCUCUGCCAGCCACUUAAUGAAGUCGAAACAACUACAACUGUGGCUGAAGAGGUCACAUCGUCCUCGCCGCAGGAAUUGGAAAUCUACAGUGACGAGGAUAAGUCUGAUGAUGCUGACCGUGUGACUGAAGAGUCUGUGGGAAGAGCAAAGAGGUCGAAUUUGCUUGGAAGCCCAGAGCCAAUUGAUUUGGAAAAGGAUGGUGACAAGAUUAAGGCUUUGGCCGAGAUGGCACUCAAGAACAUUGAUGACAUUGAUGAUGACGUCAGCAGAAGGAAGUUGAUUGCUGUUGUUGAGGCCAAAAAGCAGGUUGUGAAUGGAAUUUUGUACCACCUGUCAAUGAGGAUUGCUGUUAUGCCUCCUUGCGACAAUGGACAGAACGACUGUAUGGACGGCGACAGCCUUCCCACUCUUCUCUGCAAAGUCCAAGUCCACCAAGCGCCAGCCGACACUCCCAGAGGAAAGCCUGUGACUAAGGUCAUGCGCUCAGAGUGUGAACCUGAAGGUUCCUUUGAGGUCCAUGAGGCAGAAAAUCCUGGAGGUGCCUAUGGAGCAAAUCCUAAUGUUCAGCAGGCCAGGAAGGUCAAGCGGUCAUCCAUGUUGGUUGGUGCCCCGUCUUCCGCUGACCUGAAUGACCCUCAACUGAAGGAAAUUGCUGAUUUUGCUGUCCUGGAGCUGGACAAGGGCACUAAUGCAUUGUACCAUCGGACUGUUGUGAAUAUUGUAGAGGCCAAAACACAGGUUGUGGCUGGAACUCUUUAUCACCUCAAGCUUGAGUUGGGCUUCAGCGACUGGGCGAAGAACACUGAAAAACCUGAAAAGGUCAACCUGAAGGCAGACUCAAACAGGGAAACUUGUGAUGUAAAGGUCUGGGACAGACCGUGGCUGAAGGAACGACAGGUCACAAACUUCACCUGCUCUCAAUCAACAUCUCGAAGCAAAAGAUCCCUGGGAAAUAUUGGGGGUGGAAGCCACGACAUUCACAUGGGCAUUUUCCUGAAGUUCAUCGAGCGUCAUGGAAAACGGUAUGAUGAUGAGGUGGAAUUCCGCAGACGUUUCCACAUUUUCCGCGCCAACAUGAAGAAAAUUCAGCACCUGCAGGAAACCGAGCAAGGAUCUGCUAAAUACGGACCAACCAGAUUUGCCGACAUGACAAGCCAGGAAUUCAAAAGAAAUUACUUAGGACUUAGACCCGACUUUGAGAAGAAGGGAAAGCUUGUUAUGAAAAAUGCAUCAAUCCCCAACAUCACUCUGCCCGAUGAGUUUGACUGGCGUAAUUUCAAUGCAGUCACUCCUGUCAAAAAUCAAGGUCAGUGUGGUUCAUGCUGGGCUUUCUCAGUUACUGGAAAUGUUGAAGGCCAGUGGGCCAUCCACAAGGGACAGUUGCUGUCACUCUCCGAACAAGAGCUCGUUGACUGCGACAGCCUUGACAACGGAUGCAACGGAGGUUUGCCAAGCAACGCCUACGAAUCAAUCAUGAACAUUGGAGGCCUUGAAUCUGAAACCGACUAUCCAUAUGAUGGAAAAGACGAAAAGUGUCAUUUUGACAAGGGCGAAGUUGAAGCCAAGGUCACUGGUGCCUUGAAUAUCACGACUGACGAAGAGGGCAUUGCCAAGUGGCUUGUUAAAAAUGGUCCCGUAUCUAUUGGCAUCAACGCAAAUGCAAUGCAGUUCUAUUAUGGAGGCGUUUCACAUCCCCUCAAAUUCUUGUGCAAUCCUAAAGACUUGGAUCACGGCGUACUGAUUGUUGGCUUUGGAGUUCACACCUAUCCACUGUUCAACAAAACCCUCCCAUUUUGGUCGAUUAAGAACAGUUGGGGGCCACAGUGGGGUGAACAGGGUUAUUACCGAGUGUACCGUGGAGACGGAACUUGCGGUGUCAACAUGAUGGCCACCUCUGCCAUAGUUGAGUAAAAUCUCGAAUCGAAUUUAUGUGAAAAACUGUUGUUUCAAAGGUUUCAAGAACAAGUUUAUUUUUUGUAGUUUUUGCUGUGCCAACUUAAUAGAGAAUAGAGAAAAUCAAAGAUCUGAUCGAAUAUCUUUUUUUUCAAGUUCAAAACAAUAAUUGAAUGUGAUGACGUUUUAAAGAUCAAAUUUUCUUAUAUAAAAUAAAUAAUGUUCUUUUACAAAUCAAUAAAAGUUGUAGCUUCUUAAAAGGUCAA